UCACUGUGGACCUACAACUCCUCCCACGGGCCACAAUACUCGCUACCUUCAUCUUUCAUUUGGGAACAUUCUGGAACAAGAGUGUAUGGUAGCAGGACAAUGAGGAUGUGUUGUGAGAUGUCACCUCUUCACCUGACAUCCACCUGGGCCUUCACUGUGUGUGUCAUUUGGACAACAGCUAUAGGUGACCAGACUCCAGUCUUCAUCACUCUAAACACACCGACAGCCAGGGAGACCAACACACCCACAACCAUCCACCCUAGCACAGACAGCGUUCCAACAGACAUUAGCAAUCCAGACGGACAUGUCACCAACAGCGCUCCAACAGACAUUAGCAAUCCAGACGGACAUUUCUCCAACAGCGCUCCAACAGACAUUAGCAGUCCAGACGGACAUGUCACCAAUAGCGCUCCAACAGACAUUAGCAAUCCAGACGGACAUUUCUCCAACAGCGCUCCUACAGACAUUAGCAGUCCAGACGGACAUGUCACCAACAGCGCUCCAACAGACAUUAGCAGUCCAGACGGACAUUUCUCCAACAGCGCUCCAACAGACAGAUAUGAGAGGUUGGGGAGCUCCACACAGAGAGUUCUAGAAACAGUGACCGUGACGACCAUUGCAGGGACCAUCAAGACCACCGCUGCCGUGACAACAGUAGUAACCAGUGCAACAGUCGCUCCUCAAGCCUCAAGCACCCAGCCGCACAUCCCUCACACAGUCAUAUCACCGGUGGCGACAAACCCCACGGCAACAACCUCAGCACCAUCUCGCGCCCCCAAAAGACCACCCUGCUGUCCUCCCCCCACUCGCAUGCCCACCCUUCCCCCUCAUCAGUUCAUAGGUGACGAGGGCGACUAUGACGAUGAGUCUGAAGAAGAGGAGGAAGGAACGGAGGAGGAGGAGGAGGAAGGAGGCAAACUCAUAAAGGAGAAUCUGUGUGACUUUGACCCCUGCUUGCACCUGCAGAGACCCUGUCCAGAGGUCAGGGAGGCCAAGGGGCAGAGCUGCCGCUGCCCGGGCCUGACUCCAACCUCUGUGACCCCUGACCCUGUGGUGGCGCUGGAGGUGUGGGGGGUAUGGCCUGAGGCUGUGAGGGUGCGUUGGUGCGCCCCGUACUCGGCUGUGAGUAAGUUUGGUGUGUGGGCGCUGAGCGAGAACGGCAGUGUGUUCAGUAACGGCAGCGUGAGCGCCUGGUCACGCCAGGCCAGUGUGUUCGGGCUAAAAGCGGGACGGAGAUAUAGAGUGUGUGUAAGCGCACUGAAUGGAGCUGGAACGUCACACACCCGCUGUGUGCCUGUGUCCACCCCAGUAGGUGUAGAGGCCGUUGUGUUGUACGUGCUGACGGGACUGUGUGCCGCCCUGGGGAUGACGGUUGUUGUGCUGAGUGUGUUUCUUCACAGGAUCUGGAAGAUGCAAAACACACACUAUCUGUUUGACCCGCGGGCACACACACUCUACAACCCACGUCUCGACACCAAAGUCUCACCACCCACGUCUCACCACCCACGCCUCACCAGCCUGGUUUCAAUCACUAACCCGGCCUACACACACACCGAUGAACACACUGUGUCUCCCUCUGCACGAUACACGCAGACAGAUCAGCUGAAGUUAUCCACUAACGUACACAAUGAAUAACAACACCUGUAACCACCCAUACCACCCUUAACCACAUACCUACCACCCUUACCCACAUACCUACCACCCUUAACCACACAUCUACCACCCUUACCCACACACCUACCACCCUUACCCACAUACCUACCACCCUUACCCACAUACCUACCACCCUU